CAGGGUUUGCGGCCACAGGUGCUGGAAGGUUCGGGAGAUUCUGAUUGAGAAGUCGACCCCAAGGGAACGGAAUGCACUGAGCUGCUCGCCGAGCCACUCUGUCGUCCAGCCAGAACCAGCCAUGCUCAGCACACAGGCACCUUUCUUCUUCCCCACGGCCCCCUUCAUCCUCUUCGUCUUCACGGCUUCCACCGUAUUUCACCUUCAGCAGAAGCUAGUGAAGAUUCAGCCCACACGGGAGUUACAGACGCUGGAGCCAGCAACCAAGGAAUCUCCCUCGAGCACCCAGUGGAGCCCGCAGCCGAAGGGCAUGUGGACGGUCAAUGCCAUAGGCCGCCUGGGGAACCAGAUGGGGGAGUACGCCACCCUGUACGCCCUGGCCAAGAUGAACGGGCGGCCGGCCUUCAUCCCACCCCAGAUGCACAGCACGCUGGCCCCCAUCUUCAGAAUCACCCUCCCCGUCCUGCACGACACCACGGCCAGCAGGAUCCCCUGGCAGAACUACCACCUGAACGACUGGAUGGAGGAGCGGUACCGACACAUCCCGGGCGAGUACGUGCGCCUCACCGGCUACCCCUGCUCUUGGACCUUCUACCACCACCUCCGCACCGAGAUCCUGCAGGAGUUCACCCUGCACGACCACGUGCGCGAGGAGGCCCAGAACUUUCUGCGGGGUCUGCAGGUGAAUGGGAGCCGGCCGAGCACCUACGUAGGGGUCCACGUGCGCCGGGGGGACUACGUCCACGUUAUGCCCAACGUGUGGAAGGGCGUGGUGGCCGACCGGCGAUACCUGGAGCAGGCCCUGGACUGGUUCCGGGCUCGCUACCGCUCCCCCAUCUUCGUGGUCACGAGCAACGGCAUGGCCUGGUGUCGGGAAAACAUUGAGGCCUCCCGCGGGGAUGUGGUCUUUGCCGGCAAUGGCAUUGAGGGCUCACCCGCCAAGGAUUUUGCAUUGCUCACGCAAUGUAAUCACACCAUCAUGACCAUUGGGACGUUUGGGAUCUGGGCCGCCUACCUCUCAGGUGGAGAGACCAUCUACCUGGCCAAUUAUACCCUCCCAGACUCUCCCUUCCUCAAAGUCUUUAAGCCAGAGGCAGCCUUCCUGCCAGAGUGGAUUGGGAUCGCGGCAGACCUGUCCCCACUCCUCAAGCACUGAUGUUAGCUGGUCCUCAGCACUCCAUUCUCCUUUUCUGGCUCCCCCAAGAUCUGUUCCAAGGUAUGAGGAGCACAUUAUUACAUGUUCCAGAACACUUCCCUCUUGUACCAUAAUGCUUCAGGCUGCAAGUAACAGAAGUCCCAAUUAACUUGUUUAAAUAACAUGUUCAUGUGUCUCACACAACAGCACCAGAGGUGGCACAUCUCCAGGGUUAAUUUAGCAGCUCAACAAGACCCCAGUUCUGGGACUUCCCUGGUGGCACAGUGGUUAGGAGUCUGCCUACCAAUGCAGGGGA